AUGUUGUAUUUGAGCUCAAUAUCAAAUUAAAUAUUAUUGGAAUAUCCUAAAUCUUUUUAAAUUUUGUCAAGAUUAAAAUAACAAUUCUUAAAAGAUAAAUUUACUUUUAAAAUUAAUGUGAAAACCUUAAAUUUUACUAAUUAUGGAGAUUUAAUAAAAUAGAAGUUAUUAGCAUAGUUUAGGUAUGUUCUAGCUUCAAUAAAUACUAUUUUAGAAAUUGAUUAAGCAUAAAGAUUGUUUUGUAUUGGAGCUGAACUAAAUGAUUUAAUAAGAUGUUUAAAAGUGAGUCCAUUGUAUUAAAUAAAAUUGAAUUAUUAUUUGGAUGAAGUAAAUCCUGAACAUAUUCCUUUCAUUAAUGAAUUUAUUAAAUAUUGCCCAAAAAAUUUAUAAUUCUUAUUAAUCCAAGUAGAAUCUAGUAAUGUACAAUAAAUGCAAGUCUGUGUAGAAAGAAAUAAUAUUCUAACAGCCUUUUCUUAUUCAUAUUUUUAAAUUAUACAAUAAUACAAAAAUAAAUCUGUAGUAGCUUAAUAAAAAACCUUGAUAAUAGAUGAAAAUUUUUUAAAGUUAGAUAUGUACAAUUUUGAGUAGUUUUAUUUUGAAGUUUCUGGUAAUCUUAAUUUAAAAAGUUGUCAUAAACUCUUUGAAAAGUUCGAUUAAUUGAAAGUUUUCAAGGCAUCUAUUUUCAAUAAUGCAGAAAUUCAGACUUUUGAAUUUUCUUAGAAUUUAAGAAGUAAAGCAUUGAAUAUUCUGGAUAUUACUUGUGAAAAUAUUAUAUUAAACUUUAAUGAAUAUCCUUUUAAUAAUUUAAAGUAAUUUAAGAUGAUUUUGAAAAGGUGUGAAUUUAACAAAGAGGAACUUAAAAGGAUAUUAUAAGGUUUAAAUAACAAUACAGAGGGGGUUUAUAUAGAUAUGUCUUAAUGUUUGUCGCGCUUUACAGUAAUUGAAUAGAAAGACUUAGUAAGAGGAUUAGAAAUUAAGAAGAUUGAUGCUUUCAUAAAAAUUUGA